AUGAACCUGGACAUCCAGUGUGAGCAGCUGAGUGAUGAGCGGUGGACAGAGCUCCUGCCCCAAAUCCGGCAGGUGGAGGUGGUCAGGCUGGACGACUGUGGCCUCACCGAGGGCCGGUGCCAGGACAUCAACUCUGCCCUCAAGGCCAACCUGUCCCUGACAGAGCUUGUCCUGGGCAACAACGAGCUGGGUGACACAGGCGUGCACCGGGUACUACAGGGCCUACAAGGCCCAGACGGCAAGAUCCGCAAACUGAGCCUCCAGAACUGCUCACUGACUGCAGCCGGCUGCACGGAGCUACCCCGCGUGCUGCGCUCGCUGCCCACCCUGCGCGAGCUGCAUCUCAGCGAUAACCCCCUGGGCAAUGAGGGGCUGCAGCUGCUCUGCGAGGGGCUCCGGGACCCCCAGUGCCGCCUCGAGAGGGUGCAGUUGGAGUUCUGUAACCUGAACGCCCAGGGCUGUGAGAUGCUGGCAGGCGUCCUGCAGGCCCGGGCCAGCCUCAAGGAGUUGGUGCUGAGCAACAACGAACUGGGCCAGGCCGGCGUCCAAGCGCUGUGCCGAGGCCUACUGGCUGCUGCUGCUCCGCUGGAAAUACUCAAGCUGUCCAGUUGUGGUGUCACAGCGGCCAACUGCAAGGAGCUCUGCAGCAUUGUGGCCACCAAGCACUGCCUGCGGGAACUGGACCUAGGGGACAACCAGCUGGGGGAUGAGGGCUUGGCCACCCUGUGCCCUGGGCUGCUGAGCCCCAGCUCCAGGCUCCGGACCCUGUGGAUUUGGGAGUGUGGCUUCUCUGCCGAGGGGUGCAAGUCGCUGAGCGGGAUCCUGCGGGCCAAGGAGAGCUUAAGGGAGCUCAGCUUGGCGGGCAACGAGCUGGGGGACCAGGGUGCAAAGCUGCUGUGUGAGGCCCUGCGGGAGCCGGCCUGCCGCCUGGAGUCUUUGUGGGUGAAGUCCUGCGGCCUCACGGAUGCCUGCUGCCAGGACUUCAGCACGAUGCUGGCCCAGAACAGGCGUCUCCAGGAGCUACAACUGAGCAACAACAAGCUGGGGGACUUGGGCGUACAGCUGCUCUGCCAGGGCCUGGGCCAGCCGGGGACCACGCUGCGGGCGCUCUGGCUGGGCGACUGUGAGGUGACAGACAGCGGCUGCACCACCCUCGCCUCGCUCUUGCUCUCCAAUCACAGUCUGCGUGAGCUGGACCUCAGCAACAACUGCAUGGGUGACCCAGGGGUCCUACAGCUGGCCGAGAGCAUCCGGCAGCCGGGCUGUGCCCUGGAGCAGCUGAUCCUGUAUGACAUCUACAUCAGCGAGGAGGUGGAUGACCACCUGAAGGCCCUGGAGGACAGCAAGCCCACACUGAGGAUCAUCUCCUGA